GCCCGCUGCCAUGGCGACACUGCUACGCCGCGGCCUGCGCCCCCUGCCCCGGCUCCCGGGCCGCCCCUGGCCAGCGUCAGGUGUGCCCCUCCGGGCCAGGAGCCAUGGCGCUGGCCUGCUGUACCCGGACCACAUCCCCACGUCCCCGCUGCAGAAGGCGCUGCUGGCCGCCGGCUCUGCCGCUAUGGCGCUCUACAACCCGUAUCGCCACGACAUGGUUGCAGUUCUAGGGGAGACCACAGGACGCCGUACUCUUAAGGUCCUCAGGGACCAGAUGAAGAGUGAUCCAGAGGGUUCCCAGAUCCUGGAGGAGCGUCCCCGGAUUUCACUGGCUACCCUCGACCUGGGCAGGCUUCAGAGCCUGCCGGAAGGCUCCCUGGGCCGCGAGUAUCUCCGUUUCCUGGAUAUGAACAGGGUCUCCCCAGAUACCCGGGCACCUACCCGCUUCGUGGAUGAUGAGGAGCUCGCGUACGUGAUCCAGCGCUACCGGGAGGUGCACGACAUGCUGCAUACGCUGCUGGGAAUGCCCACCAACAUCCUGGGGGAGAUUGUGGUGAAGUGGUUUGAGGCUGUCCAGACCGGCCUGCCCAUGUGCAUCCUGGGUGCCUUCUUUGGACCAGUCCGACUCAGUGCUCAGAGCCUGCGAGUGCUGGUCUCGGAACUGAUCCCAUGGGCAGUUCAGAAUGGGCGCAGAGCCCCGUGUGUCCUCAACCUAUACUAUGAGCGGCGCUGGGAGCAGCCCCUGAGGGCUCUGCGGGAGGAGCUGGGCAUCACGACACCCCCCGUGGACAUCCAGAGCCAGGCCUAGGCCUUCGCUGCCAUUCCCAGAGUGCCUGGCCUGCCUCCCCCGCGCUCGGCUUCCCUCGGGGUCAGAGGACUCCCUGGCUACUACCUUUGUUCCUCUUCUUUGAACACUGACCCUUGGACAUCAUUUAUCAUAAUUUGUCGUAACCACUCCUGAGUGGCCUUGAAGACCAACCCCAGAGGAAGCAGGUGGUGUAGCAGGGCUCCCAUGGUGCUGCCCAGAGAGAAGCUGUCAGUCGCCUGGGCUUGUGCUAGGUUGUCUCAGGCCUUCAACUCCCGUUUGGGACUCCUCCCUGCCAGCCAGGCUUCUGGGGGCUUGGCUGGGUGUCCUUGCAGGAGUGACGGCCACACCCAGUUCCAAAGGCCUGAAUAAAGUCUCAAUAAAGGCUUCCGUCAGGUCAA